AUGUCCUCCAUAGGCAUACGGAUCGACGAGGCUCUGUCGCUUGUAGACCAGGGUGACCAAGCAUGCGUUGGAAAGAACACGGAAGAUGAAGCCUGUGGCAAUUGUGGUGACGAUGGCAACGUGGAAGUUGAUAUGAAAUUUGGUUUAUUCGUUGAGAAUGAGCGCUCGGUACCGAGGAAUGUGUCGGAAGAUGAGUUCGAUUUUGAUUCUGCGUUCAGUUCCGAAUCUAACCAAGGGCUUACGGAUGAAAGCACUAUCGACCACCACGACGAACGAUCCAUGCCCGAUGGAGCAGUGGAGCGGGAAAGGCUGAAAUCACUCGAGGACGAGCAUGAGGUCUUGUCGUCGAACCUGAUUGCACUGACAUCGCAUUUCGCUCAGGUACAGCUACGAUUACGGCAGAUCGUAGAAGCGCCACCCCAGGAACGGGACUCGUUGUUGAAGAAUCUCGAAGAGUUUGCGUUCCUGGGCAUACCGGAAAUACAGCAGAACCCGGUGAAGCAAAACAUCCCCGAAAUCGUGGCCAAUCUCGACCGGAGUCCUGAGUCGGUGGAAAACCUACGCGAAAAGCAGCAGGAACUUAUCGAACAGCUGAAAACGCAGCUAAUGGAUCUGGAGCGGUAUGCGUACGAGUCUGGUGCAGGAAUUCUUCCGCAAACGAUCCUGCUAGAAAAGCAGAAGGUGAUCAUCGAGGAGAUAAAGAAAAAAAUUAACUUGAACUUGAAUGAACUGGACCUGCCACAGCUCACUUCGGAAGAUCUACGCCAGCAGGUGGACAGUGCGCUCGACGAGCUGGUAAAUCCGCUGAAGAUGAAAGAACAGCUGGUGACGCAGCUCAAAACACAAAUUCAAGAUCUGGAACGAUUUAUCGGUUUUCUGCAGACGAAUGAGAAGGCGGAAAUUAAAAAACGUUUCCUUGAGCAACAGCAACAAAAGCAACAGUGUAAAGAACUCUCCAAAGAACACGGUAGUAGAUCACAACACGUGACUGAUCGCCAAACGCUUUCACCGUCCGUAGUGGCCGGUCACAGCUCGGUGAACCAUGGUAGCAAUACUAACCAAGCAGCAACAAAACGGGAAUCCUUCAAUAGCAAGGCGUUCGGAUUGAUGGAUAAGGCCGGAACUUUGCUGCAAAUGUUUGCCCUGUCCCAGUUCAACUGUGGCAGUGAGCAUCGGAACAGCGAGGCCAACUAUCAAUCGAAAAUGAUGGCUCGUACACGGCAAAACUGUUGGGGUGAUAUUCGAGCAAGACUGGAAUACGACGUGCAGGAGAUUGCAUCUUUGGUGCUGGCGUUACAAAGCGAAAUAGCACCCAAGGAAGCGGACCAUAGCGAGGAAGACGAGGACGAUCCUACGCGUCCCACCCGUGGCAAUAGGAAGAACUACGAGCUAACGCUGCUGGUUCGCAAACGGUUGGCCAAAACUAUCCAAUGUUUGAUGCAGCAUGGUUUGCGUAGCAUUUCCGAAAGCGCAAGCCACAGCCUGGUUCCAUUCAUAUCGGGAUGCUUUUCAUCCACCGGCAGCAGUAACAGUGGCACCAAUCAUUCCAGCAUGAGCGGAAGAUCAAACGAAGGCUUCUAUCGGUCGGAGGUCAGACGAAAGAGUACGGGAGCGACUACCACUGCACCAAAGAAACAGACAUCGUGUCCAGUGGAGGACACGGCGAACUCGAACGUGGAAGACAAUCUGUUUUCUCAGCUCGAUGACGACGAAGACGACGAAAUGGAGCCCCAAUUCGACAGCAACAGUGUGGAGGAAAUGCAUGCCUGGGAGUUAUUGCUUGUGUACUAUAACAUCAAAAACGGCGAUCGUUACAACUCGACCCCGGCGAGAAAGUUGUCCGAAAGUUUCAACUUGGAUAUCGUGGAUGGUAGACCGUUAUCAAACAAACAGAGUCUUCUCAGUGCUAUUGGAUCGAUUGUUGCAUUACACAGUCCCUACAAAAGGAGCUACGAUUCGCAGUUUAAGGCAUUCAUAUGUGCCGGACUGAACGCCCAGAAGUUAACGCAAUGGCUGUACCUUAUAUUCCAGUGUAAGGAACUGGUCAGCUCCCAUUAUUCCAGCUGGAGCUAUGUGGCCAACACCGGUUUUCGUGAUGCUCUGAAAACACUGGAUCGCUUGACGCAGUAUCGUUUCGAUCUUCCAGUCGAUUUAUCGAUUCGUCAGUUCAAAAACAUCAAAGACGUGUUUAUGUAG